AAUGCUAAAUUAUUUGUUUUACUUUGAUUUUAAUAUCUACAAUAUUAAAGAACACUUUACAUAUAUUUCCAUACUCAUUUAAAACUAUUAUAUUGAUGAUAAUUCAAAAAAUCAAUAAAAAUUUUGUUCCACUCGAGUAAAUUACUAGAUCAUUGAAAAAGGGGAGUAUGCCUACUGGUUCGACUAUAAACUUUGUCUUCAUUAGCACCCCUCUCAUUCAUCUACUAUUUGUACACGCCCAUUUUAAGAGCAACUGCUUUUAAAGGCUGCGUCCACCAAGACGGUUGCUCAACCAUGCGCCUCAGACAAAUAUACACCUCGCGCUCACGUCAAAAUGACCUUGUAACCAAUUUCAAAGCGGCAAAACCUCUUAUUCUCACCAGAAAACUAUCCGAGGCUGCUAAGCGUUCAAGUAUAAAUGCAGGUUCAGACGUAGUGAAGUGGAAUAUGGCAAUCACCAAACACAUGCGGAAUGGGGAAUGUGAAUCUGCAUUGAGCUUAUUCAAUUCCAUGCCUCUGAAAAACAGUGUCUCUUGGAACUCGAUGAUCUCUGGGUACUUGUUGAACGGCAGGUUCGACUUCGCCCUGCAUCUGUUUGAUCAAAUGCCGCAAAGGGACUUGGUUUCUUGGAACCUGAUGUUGAGUGGGCAUGUGAGGAACAAGAAUCUUGGGGCAGCUAGGUUGUUGUUUGACCAAAUGCCUGAGAGAGAUGUGGUCUCGUGGAACACUAUGCUCUCUGGGUAUGCACAAAAUGGGCAUAUUGAUGAAGCGAGGUGGAUUUUUGAUAUGAUGCCUGUGAGGAAUGAGAUUUCAUGGAAUGCACUACUUGCCACAUAUGUGCGUAAUGGGUUGAUUGAAGUGGCUAGGAGAUUGUUUGAGUUGAAGGAAAGCUGGGAGGUGGUUUCUUGGAAUUGUUUGAUGGGUGGGUAUUUAAAGAAGAGGAUGUUGGCUGAGGCCAGAGCAAUUUUCGAAAGAAUGCCUGUGAGGGACAAGGUUUCAUGGAACACAAUGAUUUCCUGUUGUGCUCAGGAUGGUGAUUUGGAUGAAGCAAGAAGGUUGUUCAAUGAUUCUCCUGUUAGAGAUGUGUUUGCUUGGACUUCAAUGGUUUCAGGGUAUGUGCAAAAUGGUAGAGUGGAGGAAGCUAGGGAGAUUUUUGAUGCGAUGCAAGUGAAGAAUGAGGUCUCAUGGAAUGCAAUGAUUGCGGGGUAUGUUCAUUGCAAAAGGAUGGACUUGGCUAGGGAGUUGUUUGAGGCAAUGCCCUGUAAAAACAUUAGUUCAUGGAACACAAUGAUAACAGGUUAUGCUCAAAAUAGUGAUAUUGUUAGUGCAAGGAGCUUGUUUGAAUGUAUGCCUCAACACGAUUGCAUUUCUUGGGCUGCAAUUAUUGCCGGAUAUGUUCAAUGUGGUCAAAGUGAAGAUGCACUGCACAUGUUUGUGGAAUUGACAAGAGACGGGGAGAGGAUCAAUAGGUCUUCAUUUACAUGUGCUGUAAGUACUUGUGCUGAUAUUGCUGUUUUUGAGUUGGGCAAACAAGUACAUGGCCGACUUGUAAAGGCAGGAUAUGAAUCGGGCUGUUUUGUGGGGAAUGCACUCCUAGCAAUGUAUUGCAAGUGUGGAAGCAUUGAUGAGGCACUUGAUGUAUUCAAGGGAAUUGCAGAGAAGGAUGUGGUCUCUUGGAAUACAAUGAUUGCUGGUUACGCAAGGCAUGGAUAUGGCAAAAAGGCUCUAGAUUUUUUUGAAGAAAUGAAGUGCUGUGGCAUCAAUCCUGAUGAUGUUACUAUGGUUGGCAUACUCGCUGCUUGCAGUCAUACUGGCUUGGUUGAAAGGGGAAUGCAAUACUUUUAUUCUAUGAAGGUAGACUAUGGGAUAGAUGCAAAUUCAAAGCACUACACUUGCAUGAUUGAUCUCUUGGGUCGAGCUGGUCGCCUGGCUGAAGCACAAAAUUUAAUCAAGAGCAUGCCCUUUGAACCAGAUGCUGCCACAUGGGGUGCUAUCCUUGGGGCGAGCAGGAUGCAUGGAAAUAUGGAAUUAGGGGAAAAAGCCGCCGAAAAGAUUUUUACAUUGGAGCCAUGGAAUACCGGGAUGUAUGUUCUUUUGUCUAACUUGUAUGCAGCUUCUGGUAGAUGGCGUGAUGUGAGCCAGAUGAGAUUAAAGCUAAGGGAUUGUGGUACAAGGAAAGUUCCUGGGUACAGCUGGGUUGAGGUGCAAAACAAGAUUCACAUUUUUUCAGCUGGGGACUCCACACAUCCAGACAGUGAAAGAAUUUAUGCUUUCUUGGAAGACUUAGAACUGCAGAUGAAGCAUGAAGGCUAUGUGGUUGCUACAAAAUUAGUCUUGCAUGAUGUAGACGAGGAGGAGAAGGCACAUAUGCUCAAGUAUCAUAGUGAAAAAUUAGCUGUUGCAUUUGCAAUUCUGAAUGUGCCCUCUGGGAGACCAAUCCGCGUUAUAAAGAAUUUAAGGGUUUAUGGAUUCCAUAAACUUUGGAGCUCUUCGCCAAAGUCUCUUCUCCAUUUGAUGGAUCCUAGCUCCAAAACAAUACCUGCAAUGGAAAUUCAAGUUUCAAAGGUUAUAGAAGAGCUGGAACUUACAAUGGAUCAGUACAUUGACUUCUGCAUUCUAUGUGGAUGUGAUUACUGUGAUAACUGCAUACGAGGUUUGCAUGAUACUGUACCUGUUACUCCCUCUGCCCCAACAUCACUACCUAUCCGCUUACAUUUUAGGAUAUCCAUAGUCGUCGUGUGCUUCAUUUUAUAUUCACGAAUUGUGCUUGGAGACAUUAAUGUGAUGGUCGCGAACAACACGGCAUUGGACAUUGACGAAGUUUUAAAAGGCGAUCGCCUCCCUCGCCUCAGGCGUCUGGGCGACCUACCACCUAUAGAGGUUCAGGCAAGGCACCAUCCGCCUUUCUCGCCUAAACCCAAACCCCUCACUUCUCUUGCCUCAGGCGUUCGCUUUUCUCGCCUUACUGUGGUUCUGCUAUGGGCCUUUUAAAAAAUGGCUAGCAAUUUUUUUGAGGAAAGGGCUAGCAUCUUAAAUGCGGCUCAUUUACACCCUAGCGCGACUAUGCCUACCAG